UAAAAGGGAGCUGUGAAAGGGCAAAAGAAGAGCCUUUCCUAGACAGAACUGAGGAACAUCUAAACAGCAUCAACAUGGAUGGGAGCAAGACAUACAAUAUCCCGCCAGAAACGGCUUAUCCUCCACCUUUUUACACUGAAAGCACCCUGAACCCCAAUACUGGAUAUUAUCCUAACCAAGGGGUUUAUGGUUCACUGCCACAGUAUGGAGUUCAGAAUCCACAAGGAGCCCAGACUGUUGUCACAGCCCUGUCGACGGUGUAUGUGACCCAGGUGCCACUUAACCCACCUGUACCAGACUACCUGGGAUAUUCCAUCUUCACCAUACUGUGCUGCUGCUUGCCUCUGGGAAUUGCAGGUCUUAUCUACUCAAUCAGUACACGUGAUGCCAAUAAUCAGGGUCAGCGGGAACUGGCGGAGAGGAGCUCAUGUACCGCAUGGAUUCUCAACAGCAUUGGCCUGGCCAUCGGCAUUGCAGUCACCAUUGCAUGGAUUGCCAUUAUAAUUGUAUAUAGGAUCUACAGAUAA